GCAGGUAAUCCAAACAUCGGAGUCCUGAAACACAAGGAGAAGCUCUAUGUUUUUACCUCCAAAGAAGCUGCCAUGAAGUUUGCCCUUAGUCCAGACAGCUUUGUUGCAGAGGUUGCAGAAAAAGCCAAAUACUCCCCUGAACUCAUUCAGCUCCUCAAACUCCACCAACAGUUUUCCUGUAUUAGUCCAUGCUCUGAUGUGAGCAGACUCUCACGGAUCCAGCCAAGAAAGGGUUUACCGGUGAAGCCAGGUAUAAAAUGUGAGUGUGGCACUCAGACUGAAAUUCACCCUGUGGAGAAAAACAUUGUCAAGUCAUAUGAGUGGAAUGAGUGGGAGCUUAGACGAAAAGCUCUCAAAUUGGCCAAUCUUCAGACCAGAGUUACCAUUUCAGUACAGACUGACCUGAGUCACAUGAGGCGGGAAAAUGUCACUCAGACCUGGCUUCCUAAGAAUGCUGCCUGUCAAAGCAAGAGAGAUGGUGCAAGCCAAGUGCCUAAACCUCAAACCUUUGUAGCAGGUCUGAGAGGACAAAGGGGUGCACAUGUUGUCAAAGCAAACCUGACCAGAUCUGUGGAUGAUUAAAGAGAAAUAGUUAAAAUAAAAGUUGAUGUAAGAA